AUGUCUGAUUCACUAUCAACUGGCUCCACGGAGGCACCAACCUUUGACCUGGACAUCCAUACUGACCCAAGGAUGCAAUGGUUCAAAGACCGUAUAUUAAGUUACAUCGGCAUGAAAGAUGAUGAACUAUUUUAUAACAUGUUGGAUGAAGGUGAUGCAAGACAGAAAAUGAUAACAUUUGUCACUGCACCAGUUCUGCCAAACGAAUUGUCGCUGGACAAAAAGACAUUUUAUUUGUCCAAAAUAAUAGUUGAUAAACUCAUACAUGAAGAUAUGGAGUUCACUGAAUGGAGGAUCGUACCUCCUCCUCCGCCGCCUCCAGCGCCGCCAUCAAAAAAGAAAAAGGGAAAGAAAGCCAAAGGUGCAGCAGAACCUGAACCCGAGCCGGAGCCUGAACCGACGAAAAGCGCGAAAAGCAUGAAAAGCAUGAAGAGCAUGAAGAGCAUGAAAAGCAUGAAAAGCAUGAAAAGUGUGAAAAGUGUCAAAAUAGAUGUUGAUGCUGAAGAAAUUGAAGCCGCGGAAAUUGAAACCGUGGCAGCCGUAACAGAAGUUUCAGAGAGCGAAAUGGACACGAAACCGUCUGUUUACUUUCAAGUAGAAGAAGAAGAACCACCUGUGGUCGCUGAAGAUUUUUACUCUUUUCCUCCACCUCCGGAAGACCUGGAUCCGCUUAUAGAUGGAACGCUGGAAUAUUAUACAGUCGUUAGAUCGGUACCAAGAAUAAUACAAUAUCCAAAACUCAUUCCAUUAUUUGGAGCUUUUACGCCACAAGUGUCCAGCCGCAAUCGUCGGUACAUUUACUUCGUAAGACAAACCCAGGAAGAAAUACCACUCUAUGAAACUGACAGGAUUACUAAGCUCAAAAUGGCUGAGUCAGUUAUAGUAGGUUGCACGAGUGGGAAGGUUUUGAUGAGCUUAGGAUUACAGCUCAAGGAGGUUAACUACUUACGACCUUCAGACUAUAGAAGAAUGUCUAAUAUUGCAAGAGGGGAGAACGCAGAGAGGCGAAUGAAAAAUAUGCGAGCGGUUUCAGUUGCGCCUUCUAAAGUGUUUAAAGUAACACGACCUACGUCCUCUAUAACAGCGAAGCAAACAUCAUCUAUAGAAAUACCUUUAACGAAAAGUAAGACGAUGCAAAAAGGGGACAAGCAGAAGACCACAGCCGAAGAAGUAAUUUCUGAUAUUAAAGAACUUGUAGCGAUUGUUGACUGGACUAUAGAGCACAUCGAAGGUGAGAUUCAGUUGCCAAUGCCAAAUAUACCGGCUCUUAGCGAGCCACACGGGCACACAGAUGUUGAGGACCCAGAAUUUCUCACCCAACUGGAAGAAGCAGUUACCAUGUGGCAGACACAUAUCGAUUCUACAAUCGCUGCUUGUUUGGGCAAGACACGAGAAGGAGAGGGUCCAGUAGCUGAAUUUAAAUAUUGGCGUGAAAGAGAUGCUGAGAUAUCUUUGCUCGUAGAGCAGCUAAAACAACCGAUGGUAGUCAAAAUAUUGGGUUUACUUCAGAAAGCCAAUUCACCUUAUUUAGAUAAUUUCAGACAGUACAAGGAGAGACUACUGGAACAAUAUAAUUUGGCAGGAGAUAACCUAAAAUUCCUCUCUACUCUCAUGAGAUUCUUUACUGUGAUAGAGGACGAUUCACCACUUCAGCAAGUAAUAGACAUUUUACCUGAAUUGGUGGAGAGUAUCUACAUGAUGUGGGUGUUAUCAAAAGGCUACAGAACAGAUGAUACUAUGAUACCCCUAAUGUCGAGAAUAUCUUGGGCGUUAUGUGACAAACUUGAAAGAUUUCUGGACGUGCACAAAUUAUUCGACAAAUCAAAUGAAGAAGUUUUGUCGCAAGCUCGUGCUGGACAAAAGAUAAUGGAGAUGUGGCAUGAUUUGUACAAAGAAACGAGACGAAAUAUUGAGCUGAGUGGAAAAGGAGCUCGCUGGGAGUUUGAUCAACCACUUCUUUUUACCAGGACCGAUUAUAUAGGAACCGUAGGAAGGGAUCUAGGGGACGCGAUACAGGUCCUCAUUGACUUCGAAAGAAUAUUUGGUUUGGAACUCGCGUCCAUUAUAAGCGAUCCAACCCAAAUUGACGACGUUCGAAAAAGGGUCAAGAACUUAGUCUAUCCAAUUCGUACCAUAGAUUUCAGCGUAUUUGUGUUUGAUAAUAAGGAGAAUUGGGACGUUAUUAUGGGCGACUUCUGGAACGAAGUUAGAUAUCUUGAAGAGGAAGCUAAGAAUUAUAUUAACUCGUGCUUUGGAAAUUUACGUAACUCGGAGGAGGCUCUGAUCGUGCUACUAAAGUUCUUAGAAUAUGACCUAAGGGAUUCCAUUAAGCGUCAGCUCGCGACAAAAUUUGAUCUGGUGAUGAGGCAAUUCAUCAAGGAGCUCACAGCCAUCGAAGAUAAGUUUACGCGCUUCCGUAAAAAUCCUCCACUACUACGAUACCAUCCACCAGUCGCCGGUGCCAUCUAUUGGGCGAGGUCGCUCUUCAAUAAAAUGAAACAACCGAUAAUGAAAUUUCAAAAGGUGGAGAAACUAAACGACUGCGAACAGAAGAAAGAAGCGUUUUUGCAAUACAAGGCGUUUUCAAAAGUAAUUAAAGACUACGAAGAUACAAAGUAUAGCGAAUGGGUUGACGGCGCCUCCAAGUUUGUCGACGAUAUGAUGAAAAAGAACAUUCUUCACGUUGUUUUUAAGAAAGAGGAAGAGACAGCGGCACCUGCUCAACGCGGUAUGCAACUUACAGCUGCGGGAAAAGCCCACGUUGCAAAGAAAAAGGCUUCGAUACUCUCUCUAAAACCAGCUGACGUCGUCAAUAAAGAGAUCGCACAGAAACGACGCAGAGAUAAAGCAUUAAUGUUGAUGAGGAUACCGGGGCAACACUACGAAAAUGUGCGAUCCCCGAGUUCUGUAUCGCUUCUUGCUAAGGAAGGAUUGACUGAUGUCACAUGGCGAGACCUCACCGUGCACAAGUUGAUGCAAGAGUAUGAUCUUGAAUUUGAGCCAAAUUUCGAUAAGCAGAUCUUCCUUGUGAUACACGAAGCGGAACUUAUGGAGAAAUUGGGUUUUCAACUACCAACAAACAUUCGGGAUGUGUCAAUGCAGAAGUCACGGCUGUACUAUGAGCUAGAAGCGUUGGAGGUUAUAAUUUCGAAGUACACAGCCAGUACAAAAUCACUCAGCCCAUCUGAAACUCACCUCAUGAAGCGUCACUUGUUGGACAUGGAGAGACACAUUCUACCUGGACUUACAAGGAUUACUUGGACAGCGCUAGGCAUUAAUGAUUAUAUUAAGGAUAUAACAAAAGGUCAAAACUCAUUGCAAGCAGUUUAUCAGCAAUUAAAAAUGGUGGAGAAGGAGAUUCAAUUCCUUUUAGACCAAUUGCAACAAUUCAAUUUGUUUCCGUUCGUGAAGCCCAAGGACUACAUUGAUCCUGAAACCAACGAACCUGACGACUCUUGGCUUUUCCCAUGCAAGACGUAUUUCGUCGAAGUAGAAAAUGAGAGACUGGAGAGGGUAGCGGUGUUAUCCCGGAUAUAUGAACGCAUCGGGCCGAUUCUCAUGAAGUUGGAGUAUUUGAUCCUAGGAUCCAGCACGGGACGAUCUGAAGUCAUGAUUGCAUACUACAACUAUUGGGAGAAGAAAAUAUUCAAGUGUAUUGUAGCCCUUACGCUAGAAAACUUAGAAGAUUUUCAAAAGUCACUAAGCGACAAGAUGCCCUUGUUUCAAGUUGACGCAGUCUUGGUUCCACCAGACAUUACCAUGCGGCCGACGGCGUCUGAAGUUUUUAACAUUGUUGGAUAUAAUAUUAAGCAUUUUCUUAACAGGCUUACUGCUUUUCCGCGUUGGAUGAAGAAAACUUGCCUACCGUGUCCACCGCAGCGCCUGGCCGAAGCGACAGGCAACGAGUUUUACGUGUUCUCAUAUUUUGAAGAUGUACUUCGGGUCGUCUCAAUCAACGAUAUAACGCUGCUCAUCCAAGACACUGUCUACCGGCUCACACAUGACAUCAACACCUACAUUCAAAAGUGGCAAAAAUACCAACACUUGUGGUCCUUCGACAAACACCUGUCCUGCGAGAAAUACAUUCAGAAACACGAACAGAUACACAAAUACGACGAAAAGUUCUUCUUCUUCGAGGACAUUAUCGCUGAUCUGGACAAACAUGCAAAAUUCGUCGACGUGGGAGCGAUACGAGUGAAUUUGAGACCGAUUAUAAAACAGGUGCAGGAUCAUGCGCAGGAUUGGAAAAACAUAUUGGGCCAGUGUAUCGCUACUAAAACUAGGAUGAAUAUGUACGAUUUGAAGAACCAGAUUGAAGCUCUCCGUACAACAAUAAACAUGAACAUCAAAGGCCUGGACGAUUUCAAACUUGUUAUGGCAGCUAUAGCUCAAGUGCAGCAGUUUACAGUCACGGCUGAAGUAAAAUACAGAGGCAUGCAAGGAAUAUUCAACAUGCUUAGACAACACAAUAUUGAUGUGUCCGAUGAAGAUCUGGAAUUUGCAAAGAACUUGCAAACAUCCUGGGGAACGCUGUAUCAAACUUCACUUUUCCGAGGCAACACGUUAGAGCAAACGAAAGAAAAGUUCUCUAAGCUCAAUGUUGUGGAAAUAUCUAAUUUCUUGAAGGAGCUGGACGAUUUUGUUGAAAAGUUUGAUAACGAGGGGCCGUCUACCGUUGGGGACGAUCUGGAUCGUGGAUUAGUAUUAAUGGAGGAAUACACAAAGUACUUCGACGAGCUGGAGUCUCGUAAAAAAGUACUGCAAGCUGCAGAACAAUUGUUUGAUAAUCCUCUUGCCGAUUUUUCCAAUUUCAACCGCGCCAAAGCUGAUUUCCAAGCGAUGGACCAAGUGUACAAGAUUUAUAAAGCGCAGAAGAAUGCCAGGGAGCUAUGGGCGAAGACUCUUUGGGUUAAUUUAAAUCCCCAAGCUUUGGUGGAUGGUAUUGAGCAGUUCUUCAAAGAGUACAGAAAAUUACCGAAAGCUGUACGGCUCACGAAUACCGGUUUAAUGUUAGAUUUGAAAAUGAAACAGUUCAAGGGUGUGGUGCCUCUCAUGGUGUCGCUGAAGAAUGAAGCUAUGCGAGAGAGACAUUGGAAGGAAUUAAUGGCGAAGACAGGUCAAACGUUCGACAUGUCACCGGAACGGUUUACCCUGGAGAAUAUGUUCGCCAUGGAAUUGCAUAAAUACCAAGAUGUUGCUGAGGAAAUUGUCAACCACGCUAUAAAGGAAUUGGCGAUAGAACGAGGUGUCCGGGAUGUACAAGAAACUUGGGCUAAUAUCGCCUUUACUGUCACGAGGCAUUUUAAUCGUGGUGAAGAUCGAGGGUACACCCUCAAUCCUUGUGAUGAAAUCAGUGUCAAAUUGGACGACGAUGCCAUGUCGUUGCAGAGUAUGGCUGCUUCACAGUUUAUUGGUCCAUUCCUGACCGUAGUCCAAACGUGGGAACGUCGUCUCUCGUUAAUAUCAGAAGUUAUAGAGGAGUGGAUGGCGACGCAACGCAAGUGGCUCUACUUGGAGGGGAUUUUUGUAGGGGGUGAUAUUCGCACCCAGUUACCCGAGGAGGCCAAAAAAUUUGAUGAUAUUGAUAAGAAUUUUAGAAAGAUAAUGUUGGAUACCGCAAAGCGAUUGAAUGUCGUGGACUGUUGUACUGUACCGGGAAGAUUGGAAGAAUUUGUGAAUUUGGGCUUAGGACUACAGAAAUGCCAAAAGUCAUUGAACGAGUAUUUGGACUCGAAACGACGCAUUUUCCCACGGUUCUUCUUCAUUUCUACUGAUGAGCUUUUGUCUAUAUUGGGCAGUAGUGAGUGUAAUUGCGUCCAGGAACACAUGAUUAAAAUGUUUGAUAAUAUAAAAGCCUUGGAUUUGUAUGUGGAUCACACUAAUCGUCCAGUUGCUGCUAAAAUGAUUUCAGCUGAAGGCGAGAUUAUGGACUUUCGCAACGUAGUGUACACCGAAGGGAGAGUAGAAGAUUGGAUGAAUUUAGUUCUUAAAGAAAUGCGAAACACGAAUAAGUUUAUUACAAAAAAAGCUGUUUUUUACUAUGGAAAGAAUUGGAGAGUGCAACGAACGGAUUGGAUUAUGGAAUACAUAGGAAUGGUAUGCUUAGCAGCGAACGGCAUUUGGUGGACAGCGGAAACGGAGGAAACGUUCUACCGCAUUCGAAAGGGCAACAAACGAGCUAUGAAAGAACAUUUAGCACAACAAAAUGAACAGCUAGAUGGCCUAGUAGUUAAAGUGAGACAAGAUCUAACUUCGAACGACCGUCUCAAGUUCCGUACUAUAACCACUAUUGAUGUGCAUGCAAGAGACAUUAUUGAAGGAUUCGUAAGAGACAACAUUACAGAAGCAGCGGAGUUCGAAUGGGAGAGUCAGCUUCGUUUUUACUGGCUAAAGAAAGACGACAAUCUAUGGAUUAAACAAUGCACUGGUACCUUCGAAUACGGCUACGAAUAUAUGGGUUUAAAUGGACGUUUGGUGAUAACACCACUAACAGAUCGUAUAUAUCUUACAAUUACUCAAGCCCUGACUAUGCAACUUGGUGGUGCACCAGCAGGUCCUGCUGGUACUGGGAAAACGGAAACCACCAAGGACUUAGCGAAAGCUCUUGGCCUCCUUUGCGUGGUGACGAAUUGUGGCGAGGGCAUGGAUUUCAGAGCCGUUGGGCAGAUCCUCGCUGGCCUCUGUCAGUGUGGAGCUUGGGGAUGCUUUGAUGAGUUCAAUCGUAUCGACAUAUCUGUGCUUUCGGUCAUAUCUACGCAGCUGCAGUGCAUAAGAAGUGCUCUGCUGAUGAAACUGAAGAGAUUCACGUUUGAAGGACAAGAGAUUGACAUGGACAGCAAAGUGGGCAUCUUCAUCACUAUGAACCCUGGUUACGCAGGUAGAACUGAACUACCCGAGUCUGUAAAAGCCCUCUUUAGACCAGUUGUUUGCAUCCUGCCUGAUCUGGAAAUGAUCUGUCAAAUAUCACUCUUUUCCGAUGGAUUUCUCACUGCUAAGGUAUUGGCAAAGAAGAUGACAGUGUUAUACAAAGUGGCGCGCGAGCAGCUGUCGAAGCAGAGUCACUACGACUGGGGACUGAGGGCACUCACCGCUGUGCUGCGGAUGGCCGGGAAACUCAGGAGAGACUCGCCCGGGCUGAGUGAAAUUGUGGUGCUCAUGAGGGCAUUGAGGGACAUGAAUCACCCAAAGUUCGUUUUUGAAGAUGUACCGCUUUUCCUGGGCUUGAUAAAAGACUUGUUCCCCGGAUUGGAGUGUCCUCGCGUUGGUUAUCCAGAAUUCAAUGCUGCGGUCAUUGAGGUUUUAGAACACGACGGAUACAUUGUUCUAGCUCAUCAGGUGGAUAAAAUCGUACAAAUGUAUGAAACUAUGAUGACGAGACAUUGCACAAUGUUGGUUGGCCCCACUGGCGGCGGAAAAACUGUUAUACUGCAGUGUCUCGUAAAGGCUCAGACAAACUUGGGCCUGCCGACCAAACUUCAAAUUCUUAACCCUAAGGCCUGUUCGGUAAUCGAAUUGUAUGGAAUUCUGGACCCUGUUACGCGAGAUUGGACCGAUGGUCUAUACUCAAAAAUAUUCCGAGAGAUGAAUAGGCCAGCCGAAAAAGAUGAACGACGCUAUUCGUUGUUUGACGGUGAUGUAGACGCCCUUUGGAUUGAAAAUAUGAAUUCCGUCAUGGACGACAAUAAGCUUCUUACGCUGGCUAACGGUGAGAGAAUAAGGCUCGCGCCGUACUGUGCGUUGCUGUUUGAAGUGGGGGAUUUGAACUACGCUUCGCCCGCCACUGUGUCUCGUGCUGGCAUGGUUUUUGUGGACCCGAAAAAUCUUGGAUACCAACCUUAUUGGGAUAGAUGGCUUCGUGGUAGAAACAAUGAAGAAGAACGCGAACAAAUGGCCGGUCUCUUCGACCAUUAUGUACCAGGCGCUAUUAAUUAUAUAGUUUUUGGUCUGUUUGGUCUGCAGCAGCAAACGCCGUUAAAGACAAUAGUGCCCCAGACUCCACUGAAUUUGGUCAUGCAACUCUGCUAUAUGAUAAGUGGGCUGUUGCCAAACCGAGAGGAUAGCAACGAAGAGAUAGACAGAACGGUUGUUGAGUGCGUCUUUAUGGUCUCCAUGUACAACAGCCUAGGAGCAGCCAUUAUCGACAACGGUCGAUUUGAUUUCGACAACUACGUCAAGAAAGCCUGCCCCAUGAUGCUCGUCGAGGAUAGCCCAGAGAAGAAAGCCACGACUAAACAUUUUCCAAUGGGAUUUCCCACGCUGUACGAUUACUGUCUCGAGCUGUCUACCAUGACGUGGGAGGCGUGGGAGUGGCUAGUCCCACAGUAUGAGCACGAUCGGGAGAUGCGAUUCUCGUCUAUCCUCGUUCCCACUGUGGACACACUGAGACUCACUUGGCUUAUAAAAAUCAUGGAGAGCGUCGAAAGACCGGUCCUACUAGUCGGGGACACUGGUACGUCAAAAACUGCGAUCAUUACGAACUAUUUACACGGCCUUCCAGCGGACAAAUAUAUAAUACAACAGAUGAAUUUCUCGUCGCGGACCUCUUCAAUGGACGUGCAAAGAAAUCUCGAGUCUGUCGUUGAGAAGAGAACUAAGGAUACCUUUGGUCCACCUGUUGGCAAGAAGAUGCUGGUCUUUAUCGAUGAUAUGAAUAUGCCUAUAGUGGACACCUACGGAACGCAGCAGCCGAUAGCACUCCUCAAACUCUUGUUCGAAAGAAAAGGUUUUUAUGACAGAGGCAAGGAUUUGAACUGGAAGAACUUGAAGGACAUUGGGUUCCUCGCAGCCAUGGGCAAAGCUGGUGGUGGUAGGAAUGACGUCGAUCCCCGUUUUAUAUCUAUGUUCUCUGUAUACAACUUACAAUUUCCGUCUGAAGCUACCCUACAGCGUAUAUACGUGUCCAUCCUCCAGGGACACUUCUCCAUAUUCCCGGACGAAAUACAAGAUAUUGUUGACAAGAUUGUGCAAAUGACAUUAGACUUGUAUAAGGCAAGCAUUACUCACUUAAUAAUUAUUAUAGUGGAUCUCCCGCCUACACCAGCCAAGUUUCAUUAUAUUUUCAACCUGCGGGACUUAUCUCGUAUAGCAGCUGGCAUGCUGCUUACGCAUCCCAAUUUCUUCAGCGAGAAAAGAACGAUUGUCAGAUGUUGGAGAAACGAAUUCACCAGAGUAAUUUGUGACAGACUCAUCAAUACGCAAGACAAUGAACUGAUGCAAAUGCAUAUACAAGAACACGUGGCUAAGUACUUCCCAGAGGAGGAACCAGUUGUUCUAGAGGAAAUCGUCAUACCAGAAGAGGAAGAAGCAGUUGCUGAAGAAGAAGACGAAUUUGGGGAACUGAAGCCUAAAAUAGAAAAGUCAACAGUAGCGGCAGAAGCAGAGCCUGCUAUCGAAGAAGAAGAGGAAGUGGAAGUUGAGAAAGAGCUAACACUCGAGGAGUAUGUUCUCCGCGAUCCCUUAUUAUUUGGGGACUACCGUAAUGCACUGGACGAGGAGGAAGUUAGAUAUUAUGAAGAUCUUUUGGAUUAUGAAGCUGUUUAUUUCCUUUUCCAAGAGAUCCUGGAUGAAUACAAUGAGCGGAUAGGUAAGAUGUCUGUAGUCCUAUUUGAGGACUGCCUAGAACAUUUGACUCGUACACACCGUAUAUUACGAAUGGACAGAGGAAAUGCCAUGAUUAUUGGAGUCGGCGGAUCUGGCAAGAAAUCUAUUUGCAGAUUGGCCGCAUUUGCAGCUGGUUGCGAGGUUUUCGAAAUAACUGUCACGCGUAAUUAUAACGAGAACACGUUCAAAGAUGACAUGAAACGAAUGUAUAAUCAACUGGGAGUGGAUGGAAAGCCUACUGUGUUCCUUUUCACUGCGGCCCAGAUCCUUGAAGAAGGUUUCCUGGAGUUUAUCAACAAUAUCCUGAUGAUUGGAAUGAUACCCGCUCUCUUUGGAGAUGACGAGAAGGACGCUAUUAUAAACGCUGUCAGAAAUGAAAGCAAUGAAGCCGGCUAUGGUAUUGCUAAAGACGCUGUAUGGAACUUCUUUUGCAAUAAGUGCGCUAAUAAUCUUCACGUUGUUCUCUCGAUGUCACCAAGUGGUGAUAUAUUGAGGAAUCGUUGCCGAAGCUUUCCCGGUUUGGUCAAUAACACAACCAUUGAUUGGCAAUUUCCUUGGCCCAAGCAAGCUCUUUUGGCGGUCGCCAAUGUGUUCCUAGCAGAUGUGGAAAAGAUUCCAGAGGAAUUUCGGCCAAUCAUUGUUGAGCACGUGGUUCAUGUACAUAUGUCCGUCGCACGGUACUCAGUAGAGUUCCUCCUGCGUUUGCGAAGGAACAACUAUGUCACACCAAAACACUAUAUGGACUUCCUCACCAACUAUCUUUCACUGUUGAAUGAAAAAGAUGCAUUUAUUGUUGCGCAGUGCGAACGGUUGAUCGGUGGUUUGGCGAAAAUUGAAGAAGCAAACGUUCAGCUCGAAGAUUUGAAUGCAAAGUUAGCGGUUCAGAAAGUAAUCGUCGCUGAACAGACGAAGGAGUGUGAAAUCUUACUCAAGGAGAUUUCUGUUGCAACGGAGGCAGCCGUAGCCAAGCAAUCCGUUGCUGAAGUGAAGAGUGUGGAAAUUACUGAACAAAGCAAAGUUAUCGCUGAAGAAAAGUCUGAAGCAGAAGAGGCAUUGUCUGCCGCUUUACCAGCUCUAGAGGCAGCCAGAUUAGCUCUAUCCGAUUUGGACAAGAAUGAUAUUACAGAAAUUAGAUCUUUUGCCACGCCUCCUGAAGCAGUACAGGUUGUUUGUGAGUGUGUGGUCAUUAUACGAGGGAUCAAAGACGUCAGUUGGAAAGGGGCUAAGGGAAUGAUGGCGGAUCCCAACUUUUUGAGAAAUUUACAAGAAAUGAACUGUGACUUGAUAACACAAGCUCAAGUUAAGGCCGUCAAAGCCCACAUGAAGAAAAGCAAGAAAUUAGAUACUAUGCAGCAAAUAAGUAAAGCUGGAUAUGGUCUCCUUAAGUUCGUAAUAGCUGUUCUCGGCUAUUGUGCAGUUUAUAAAGAAGUCAAGCCUAAACAAGAUAAAGUCGAAGCUCUAGAAAAGGAAUAUACAGAAGCUUGUAACUAUCUAGCUUCACUGAAUCGCGAAAUCGAUAGACUACAACGUACGUUGAACGGAUUGAAUAACCGUUACGAGACCGCGAUUCUUAGAAGGCAGGAGUUGCAAGAAGAGACCGAUAUUAUGAUGCGACGGUUAGUCGCCGCUGACAAGUUGAUGUCUGGGUUAUCCAGCGAACAGAAGAGGUGGACUGAAGACUUAGCAGCAUUAUAUGUGGAACAAUCUAGGUUGAUUGGUAACUGCUUGCUUGCAGCGUCAUUCUUAAGUUACGCUGGUCCGUUCUCGUUCUCAUUUAGGCAAACAAUGAUUUAUGAGGACUGGCUGGGAGAUAUUACCGAUCGAGGAAUUCCAUUAACGAUGCCAUUUACUGUCGAAAGAAAUUUGACCAAUGAAGUGGAGAUCAGCGGGUGGAAUUCUGAAGGGUUACCACCCGACGAACUCUCCGUACAAAAUGGUAUUCUGACUACAAGAGCAUCUCGAUUCCCGCUAUGUAUAGACCCACAGACUCAAGCACUCACUUGGAUAAAAAAGAAAGAAGCUAAAAACAAUUUAAAGGUGUUAUCAUUCAACGAUCCCCAAUUCUUACGCCACUUGGAAAUGGCGAUAAAGUACGGUAUGCCCGUUCUCUUCCAAGAUGUCAAUGAAUAUAUCGACCCUGUUGUCGAUAACGUUCUGGAGAAGAAUAUUAAAGUUGAAAGUGGACGCACGUUCGUUAUCUUGGGAAGUUCUGAAGUUGACUACGAUCCUCAUUUCCGAAUGUACUUGACCACAAAGUUGGCAAACCCACAAUUUAACCCUGCGGCUUACGCUAAAGCUGUCGUGAUCAAUUACACAGUCACUGUGCAGGGCUUAGAAGACCAACUCUUAAGUGUUGUUGUACGCGCCGAGCGAUCAGAUCUGGAAGAACAAAGAGAAAGUCUGAUAAUAGAGACUAGUGCCAAUAAGAGUUUGCUGUCCGGUUUAGAAGAUUCCUUACUAAGAGAGCUUGCAACAUCAACUGGCAAUAUGUUGGAUAACGUUGAGCUAGUCAACACCUUGGAGAAUACAAAAUCAAAAGCUGCUGAGGUUAUGGAAAAACUAGAGCUAGCGGAAGCUACAACAAAAGACAUAGAAAAGCUAAGAGACGGUUAUAGACCAGUUGCGAAGCGUGGCUCUAUUCUCUUCUUCGUUCUAUCAGACAUGGCCGGAGUCAAUACGAUGUAUCAGUAUUCGUUAUCUUCGUAUCUGGACGUUUUCUCAUUUUCCCUCCGAAAAGCGAUGCCUAAUGUGAUAUUGGUGAAGCGUCUAAGAAACAUUAUUGAUAUGCUAACGAAGAAUGUAUAUGACUACGGGUGUACCGGUAUAUUCGAGCGACACAAGCUCCUAUUUUCGUUCCAAAUGGACAUUAAACUCCAACAAAGCGAGGGCACUGUGAGCCAAAUGGAACUAGAUUUUUUCAUAAAGGGAAAUGUGUCUUUAGAGAAGGCUGCAAGGGAACGUCCUGCAAUUUGGAUUCCGUCUCAAGGGUGGCAAGAUAUAGUAAAGCUGAGCUUAGACUUUCCCGAAACCUUUGGUGAACUACCAGACCACAUUACCUACGGUCUAGAAGCUUGGCAAGAGUGGUUUGACAGUGAUGCGCCGGAGACGGCGGAAAUACCAAACGACUAUCGCGAUAAAUUGAAUCCGUUUGAAAUGCUCAUGUUGUUGAGAUGUUUCCGCGUUGAUCGCAUCUAUCGAGCACUCACAGACUAUAUCACAGUCACCAUGGGUGAAGAAUACAUCACCCCUCCUGUUAUUAGCUUGGACGGCAUAUUCGAACAAACAACACCUUUUACCCCGGUGGUGUUCAUCUUGAGCCCUGGUUCUGACCCCACAGCCGAUCUCAUGAAACUUGCAGAUCGAUGCGGAUUUGGUGGGGGCAAGUUCAAAUAUCUAUCAUUGGGACAGGGGCAGGAGGGGGCUGCACUGGCACUGCUAGAAGGAGCUAUAUCUCAUGGUCAAUGGCUCAUCCUGCAAAAUUGUCACCUCCUGGUGUCCUUCCUUCGCGAGUUGGAGAAACAAUUGGAGAUGAUGGAGAAACCACACCCCGAGUAUCGAUUAUGGCUGACCACGGAUCCCACGCCGACAUUCCCUAUUGGCAUAUUGCAGAGGUCUUUGAAAGUCGUAACGGAGCCCCCCAACGGCCUGAAAUUGAAUCUUCGAAACACGUACUUCAAAAUGCGUGCGCAUGCUUUGGAAGAAUGCCCCCACCCUCAAUUCAAAAAGCUCGUCUACGUUUUGGCUUUCUUCCACGCCGUUGUGCAAGAACGUCGUAAGUACGAUAAAAUCGGAUGGAAUAUCUCGUACGACUACAGCGAGUCGGAUUUCGUGGUUUGUAUGCAAAUUCUACAAUGCUACCUCGAACGCUGCUACGCUGUCAAUGGGCCGAUACCAUGGGCUACUCUCAAGUAUCUCUUCGGCGAGGUAAUGUAUGGCGGUCGUGUGAUCGACGAUUUCGACCGUCGCGUGGUGCGAACGUACAUGGAAGAGUACAUGGGUGAAUUUCUCUUCGACAAGUUCCAACCCUUCCACUUCUACCACGACGCGCACUAUGACUACGUGAUACCACCUGAAGGGGAACGAGAAGAGUAUAUUGAGUUUAUUGAUACCCUUCCAUUGGCGAACACUCCAGAAGUUUUUGGACUACAUCCGAAUGCUGAAAUUGGAUACUUCAGCCAGGCCGUACGAGAAAUGUGGGGGCACUUAAUCGAAUUGCAACCGCAAACGAGCGAGGGCGGCGGUACCAUGAGUCGUGAAGACUUCAUAGAUAUGAUUGCUGUGGACAUAAUAAACAAGCUGCCACCGGAGUAUGAAAUAUGGAGAGUGAGGAAGCAAUUCGAAAUGAGUAUUACACCUUCAGCCGUUGUUCUCUUGCAGGAAUUGGAGAGAUUCAAUCGCCUGAUCGGUAGAAUGCGAAGUACUCUAUCCUUGCUUCGCAAAGCAUUGGCUGGUGAGAUCGGUAUGGACGCCAUACUAGACAACGUAUCCUACAGUCUGUUUAACGGGCAGCUACCGAAUGUGUGGCGCAGUCUUGCACCAGCCACGUGCAAAGGACUCGGUGGUUGGAUGGACCAUUUUAUAGCCAGGACGAAACAGUACACAGAUUGGGCAACUAUGGAAGAGCCGAUAGUGAUCUGGCUGUCCGGACUUCACAUCCCGGAAUCGUACCUGAUCGCACACGUUCAAAUGGCGUGCAGGCUCUACACCUGGCCUCUGGACCGCUCCACGCAGUUCACACGAGUCACUAAGUACAUCUCGCCUGAUGACAUCGAAGAACGACCUGUCACGGGUUGUUACGUGCGCGGUUUGUAUCUGGAGGGAGCGAGGUGGGACGUAGAAGAUGGUUGUCUGCGUCGUUCGCACCCCAAAGUCCUGAUUACUGAGCUGCCGAUCAUGUACAUAAUACCUAUUGAGUUUCACAAACUCAAGCUUCAGAAUACCCUCCGCACACCAGUAUAUACAACAUCUCAGAGAAGGAACGCCAUGGGGGUGGGGCUUGUUUUUGAAGCUGACUUGUGGACGGCAGAGCACUGCAGCCACUGGGUACUGCAAGGUGUCUGUCUUAUCAUGAACACUGACUAG